AUGGAUGGUCGCUUUAACCACGCUCAUAGGAGAAGCACUAAACAUUUAGACUUUAUUGAUAAAUGGGACAAUGAUAAAUUGCCUGACGAUGAAAUUGCUGUUCCACUUAAACACCAGCCGUCAUUUUCUGAAGAAAACGAAAACUUUGAUCUUGUUCCCGAACAGCUAAAACCCGGUGCAAAUAAUAAAUGGAAAGACCUCGCAUUGGAUUUCUUUUAG